AUGUCGUUACUGGGAAUGUUCUGCCCCAUGCUGUUUGACGUCAUCAGCGCUCUGGAGAACUACCACCCCCGUGUCGCCCUGCAGUGGCAGCUGGGUCGCAUCUUUGCCCUUUUCCUAGGGAACCUCUACACCUUCAUCAUCGCACUGAUGGACGCGAUCAACCUUAAAGUGAGGGACCGAUCAGAAAACAGCACUGCUCCACCCGUCACCAUCCACCCUGCUGAUGUGCCGAGAGGGCCCUGCUGGGAGACGAUGGUGGGGCAGGAGUUUGUUCGCCUGAUUAUAUCUGACACAAUGACAACUUACAUUACGCUGCUGAUUGGAGAUUUCCUAAGAGCUGUGCUUGUUCGUUUUCUGAACCAUUGCUGGUGUUGGGACCUGGAGGCUGGAUUUCCUUCGUACUCUGAGUUUGAUGUCAGUGGAAAUGUCCUGGGGCUUAUCUUCAACCAAGGAAUGAUAUGGAUGGGUGCCUUCUAUGCCCCCUGCCUGCCGGCUCUGAACCUCCUGCGACUCCAUGUGUCCAUGUACCUGCAGUGCUGGGCUGUGAUGUGCUGCAAUGUUCCACAGGAACGGGUCUUUAAAGCCUCGGGCUCCAACAACUUCUACAUGGCCAUGUUGCUGGUCAUCCUCUUCCUGUCCACUCUACCGGCCAUUUACACCAUUGUAACCAUCCCCCCAUCAUUUGACUGCGGACCUUUCAGUGGCAAGAACAGGAUGUUUGAUGUGAUCCAAGAGACGCUGGAGUCCGACUUCCCGGCCUGGUUUAGUAAAGUGUUCAGCUAUGCAUCUAACCCUGGGCUGGUGCUGCCCUUUAUAUUGCUCAUGGUGUGAGUCACCAUCAGAGUGCAUGAAUUUAGUGUUUAUACAGUACAGAU